AUGCUAUCUAAGUCACUAUCGAGUCAAGUCCCAGGCCAAGGAAACUCAGGGCAUGUAUCAGAGCCCUACAUAUAUACGCCUCUUAGCCAGGGACAGAUACGUGUGCUGGAGCUGAGCCCCGCUAGUGAAGAGACAGACCAGCUUCGAGGCAACCUACUCGUGAAAGGGUUAGACGAGCUACCUCCUCGUCGGAAACCCUUUUCUUCAAAUGUGGCAGAGCUGAUCGACCCAACGAAACACGUCUGCUUCGAAGCCAUUUCCUACGUGUGGGGUGAAGCCAGUUUCACUGAGUCCCUUGUCACACCUGAUGGCUUAAUCCGCAUCACACCUUCACUUGCUUCAAUCCUUCGACGACUCCGACAUAAUGAAGAGCCUCGUCUAUAUUGGGCCGAUGGACUAUGCAUCAACCAGAAGGACAUUAGCGAGAAGGAGAUCCAGGUCCCUCUUAUGGGAGUCAUCUACAGCUCUGCCGUGCGUGUUCUCUGUGACAUUUGUGAAGAGAAUGAAGAGAUCAACCCCUUACUGGACGUCAUGCAACGAUACUGGAAGAAGAAUAUCCGUCGUGGCUUUGAACUAAAUCGGGGUCACUCUAUGACUCUUUCAAAGGAAACGACUGCCGCCGUUAUGGGCGUCCAGCUACCCAACGAAGAGGAAGCAGAAAAGAUUGAAGACUUUGAAACGGGAGAUUGGGCUGAAUGGUUCACAAAGUUUAUAUCCUCACCUUGGUUUCAUCGUCUGUGGAUCUUCCAAGAGUUUGUUCUCGGCCGCGAUGUCAUAUUGAUCUUUGGCCAUCGGCAUGUGCCAUGGGGAGAAUUGUAUGCAAGUACAAUACCCUAUCCGGGCGCUGGAGUCCCAUGGGAUUCAAUGGAGAUGAUCAAACCAGAGAACAUGACCAAGCUGACGUCGCUCAACUCAAUGUUCUUAAUCCGUGCUUACAGGGUUAUCGAUCCUGACACAGUACACGGUCGCGAAUUCUUGAAGGUCACGAGUGUCUUGAUGGGACGCGCAGAUAUGAGGCAAGCCCAGUUUCCCAUGUUUCUUUUGGCUGGUUGCUUCAAGCAAUGCACAAUUCCCCGUGAUCGAUACUUUGCUAUACUGGGCCUCUUGGAUGAAGCGAGCGACGGGAAGGCACAUGAGCUACAUGUCGACUACACAUCACCUAUUAGAGAUAUCACCAUGCGAUUCUGGAAACGCGCCUUACAAUUAAGUUCUGGGGGAGAACUCUUUCUCAUUGCUGGGCUGGCCGGUCGAACUGAGGGCUAUCCCUCUUGGUUGCGGGAUCUCACUGUACCCAACCCAUUGGAUUCCGUCUGGCAGUUGGGUCCCCAGGCUAACCCUUGGCAUAAGACUGGCGGAAAUCUUAGUACUUGGUCUGUGACAUUUAGCAACGACGAUCCUGAUCAGAUGAUCACUCAGGGGUUCCUCGCCGAUAACAUCGCCGAGGUUUCCAGUAUGAAACCAGACGAAGUUUUCGAACUCGAGGCUAUGAUGACCUGGUUCGAAAAAGCCAUCAGGUUCUUCACUUCAGGGCGCCAAACAGACAUGCAGUAUUCUUUUACAGGCGAACCUAUUCAAGACGCAGCUAUCAAGACAUUAUGUGACUUUAACGAGCAAGACGGACGUGAUGACACUUUCACUGCCAUUCACGAGCUGGGUCAAUCUAUCCUCUCGAUAUUCGCUUCCUACCCAGGCAAAGGUGAAGACAUGAUGGAAGCUCUCGGCGAUGCUCUUGGAGACAGUGAGGUCGUUCUGACGGAACUGUUCACACAAGUCUUUUCAACACGUGGUCUGCGGCUUUGCAAAACGGAUAAAGGCAUGUUUGCCAUGUUACCGGACGAAGUACGUGCGGGGGAUUCUGUUUGGGCCCUCCAGGGUUGUCGCUUGCCUGCUAUUCUGCGGCCGAGUCUUACAUUCGCUGGAUCAUUUGAGCUUGUUGGAUUUGGUCAUGUAUAUGGAAUCAUGAACGGAGACGUCAUGAAGACGCCUGGGUUUCAUUGGAUGGAGGUAUCUCUAUGUUAA